GCAAGGAGCGAACAUGAAAAUAUGUGGAAGAAGAAGAAGAAGAAGAAGACUUGUGCGCUAACGACGUUAUCUUAUUUUAAUAUAUUGAUUGUACAUUGUUUGCCUACGGGCUCUACAAGGCUGGUAAUUUCCGGGUUUUUCAACAAAGAAGCAAAACAAAAAAAACUUCUUCUGCUAGCAUGACAGCUAGCGUCAGCUUUGCUCGAGCGGCGGAUGCUGGCUCUGCUCCCCCAGCUGCUGCCAAUGACUGUGGGAUCACCUGACCACGCGUCCACCUGGAGCCUCGCUGCACUGGAGCUAAAAGGACCUUUCAUCCACGAGUUUGACCCUCCACCCUUCGGAUGGAGACGUAUUCUGUCCGUGCGAAGUAAGUUUGGAUUGGCUUAACCACAAGACGAUAUGUCAAUCCUGCCAACACUUACACUACACUCAGCUUGGAUUCCUAACUGCCUGACGUCUACAAAUCAUCGCUGACUAGACUGAGAACGAGUGAAACUCUGGGGGGAAAUGUCAGAAAAACAGUCAUUAUCAGUUGGUAAUGGACAGUCAACAGCGGAUCUCUCAGAGCAGAGAGGUGUCACAGCGCCCCAUGCAGGCGCCCGCAAUGCACUGCAGGACGGACUGUGUCUGACGGACUGGACUCCACUGGAAUCCAACAGUGACAGGGUAGUUCAGCCAUUCCCACGCUCACCAAAACUACAGAGGAAGAAGGGCAAAGCUGGAAAGCCCUCCCAGGAGCAGCUGUCCAGACAUUUGGAAGAGCUACAGGCAGAGGGAUCCAAGACUGAAGCCCACAUCCAAUCUCUGAAAAAGCGAAACACAGAUCUCUCUAAGCGCACAGAGACAAUGAAGCAGCAGGUCCGCGAGCACUUUGAGAAAAUGCGAGCCGUCCUAAAGCAGGAUGAGCAGGCCGUUUUGGAGUCUCUGGAGCUGGACCUGAGACGAACUAAAAGUAGACUGGACCACGUUCUGAAGAGCUGGAAGCAGCACCAGGACCAGGUCACCAAAAGCAUCGACAGCACCCAGAGAGCACUGAGCAAGAGCUCUGCAGCAGAGGAAGAUGGGGAGGGUCAGUCUGAGAAUCUUAGUCCUAAGAAGCCAGACGCCUCUGAAGUGGAAAUCCGACUGAAUGAAGAGAGAUUCUCAAGGCUUCUCAAAACUUUAUCCUCUAUCUCCAAAAAGCUGAAAGCCCAGCUGCAGAGGAAGACCCUGCUGUUAGAUUCAUCCCCUGUGGUGAUUGACAGACAGACGUGCCAUAGCCAGAUCACAGUGAACUCAGAGGGGCGGGCCAUGUCCUUAGGCUCAGGCUCUGGAGACCCAGCUCCAGAGCAUCCUCUCCAGUUUGAUAAAGUGUGCUGUGCUCUGGGUUCUUCCCCCGUCACAGCAGGUCAGAAUUACUGGGAGGUCGACGUACGCUGCAGCCCCGCCUGGGCUGUGGGCGUAGCCUACACCAGCAUGCAGAGGAAGGGCCGAGACAAGGGCACCAAACUGGGCCGGAACAGGAACUCGUGGUGCGUAGAGCUCCGGAACAGCAGUGUGUCUGCUUGGCACAACGACCGUCAUGUGGCGUGUCAGGUGGUCGGGCAAAGACAGCUCAGAAAGGUGGGUGUGUGGGUCAAUUAUGACAAGGGUCAGCUGAUAUUUUAUGACGCAGACACCAUGGUUGUCCUGCAGAGGUUCUCCGCAGCCAUGACACCGGUGUUCGACAGGGCUCAUCACCACUUCACCGAGCCCCUGUUCCCUGCUGUACGGUUCCUGAGACCACCACAGAACCAGAUGUGGCCAAACCACCUGGGCAUCUGUCCCCUCCACAAUCUGUGAUGUUCUAAGGAUACUUUAAAGAAUGGGCAAAAUGGACAGUGAUGUGCCGUGGAGCAGCUUUUAAUAACCCACUUAGCAAAGAACGCUUUGAAAUGAACCAUGUAACAUAAUAAUUUCGGUUUUUUAAAUGUUAUUUUUUGGGAAAUCAUAUUCAUAUAUUUUCCUGUCCGAACACAAUAUGUUGGGACAGGAAAAUAUGGGAUUCUGCAUCAUCACUGGAGUGUGAGAUUGUCCGCCAAAGUGAUUUUUUCUGUUUUUCCUGUUAUGGCACAUUUGAUGUUUACUGUCGGUUCAAAGAAUUAACUCUAACCCCUGUUAAGUCAGCAGAGAGCAGAGAAAGGUGAAGUUGGGAGAUUUUCAGAACAGGAAGACUGGCAGCAUAAAGUCACAAGGCAGGACAGGACAGGCCCUGGAUUAAGGAGAGACUGGCUCCUACCGCUGCCAGGAAAGCACUAAGACAGAGCAGAUGUAUUAAACAGGGAAAUAUGCAACAAGAGAAAAUAAGAGAUAUGACAA